GACGGUCCGUGUUUCUGGAGUGUAAAGUGAAUUAAAUCUGCACACAGCUGAUUGUGGAGUGACUCCUACUUUUAGAUGCCUGAUGUUAAUCCAAGUGGAUCUUCUCCUCCACCUGUGAGUGGAAAUGUUGAAGAUCCCCACCGUCUGUUGAAGCUUCACUCAGAACUGCAUCAAUCAGAGGAACAAGUGAUACGUUUGCCAUACAAAGUGAACCUCACUGGGACUCGGUCUGUGCCACCACCUCAUACUGAACACGAUGUGGAGACUGAGGAGGUGAAUGACAGACCAGCAGGAUUAUCUACAGAAAACCUUAGUGUUUAUGAAACAGUUUCAAACAAAAGCAGAGAUGAAGUUAUUAAAGAAAUUAGCAUCAGCAGCACAACUUUCAUCGGUCCGACAUGUCGACCACAACCAGCGUUCGAGGAUGAACUGAGCGAGUUUUAUAAAGAGCUUGAGCAGAUUAACAACCAGGACACUGUUGAUGGAGACCAAGGAGGUCAUGAUGGUAUCCCUCAGGCCUGCAUUCCCACAGUCAAGCCUUCGUCUAGAAAAGAGACUCAGGGAAAUAAUCACAGGCAUGCCUACAGACCUUACCCACCAACUAAUACCCAUGCUGCGUAUCACAGGGACAAUGGGAACGCUCAGCGUUGGAGGUUGCCUACACCUGAUAUGACAUUCAAUAAUCCAAACUCUUUUAGCUAUUCAAAACAAUGGCAGCCUCCCCCACCUAGGCCUCCUUAUGGCCCACCAAGCUUCCAAUUUCAGGGACCACAGCAUGAGUUCUCUCCCCCACCACCUCAUUUUUUUGCAUCCCCUCCACACUUUGAGUCUCAGGUGAACCACUUAAGGGAUGUUGAGAGCAGCAGGUGGAGCUCAUGGGAAGGGACCCAGUUUCCUGCUGACAAGAGAUCAGACUGCACUGACUCAGUUACACAGUAUGGAAGAAACCCAUCAGACUGGCAGCAAUAUGAGGGUCAUCAUGAAGACCAACAGCAGCGUAACAAUGACACUUCUUUGGUUUUAAUUUUGUUGAGAGGACUUCCGGGAUCUGGGAAAUCGACUCUGGCCAAGGAACUAAUGUCCACUGGUCCCAAUGGGCUCAUAUUAAGCACAGACGACUACUUCUACCACAGAAAUGGCUACUUCUUUCAACCCGCUCAGCUCGGAGAUGCCCAUGACUGGAAUCAGAAAAGAACCAGAAAAGCUAUGACUGAGGGCCGCUCGCCUGUCAUUAUCGACAACACCAAUGUUAAGGCUUGGGAAAUGAAGCCAUAUGUUGCUGUGGCCUUAGAAAGUGGAUAUCGAGUGGAGUUUGCUGAACCUGACACCAGGUGGAAACGUGAUCCUGUUGAGUUAGAAAGGAGGAAUAAGCACGGGGUCCUGCGGGAUAGUAUAGCAAAGAUGUUGGAUCAAUUUGACUUUCCAGUUAGUGUGGACAUUGUGAUGAACUCCACUAAGCCUUCCCAUAAACGCAAACAGCAUCAUUCCAGACUACACAGAUGAAAAAAUAUGAACAGAUGAUUUUAAAUUUGAUAAAAAUGCUGAAUUGUAAUAAUUUUUUUAAAUAGUUGUAUUUAUAAUGAAAUUUUACACUUUGUAUUAAUUUUUAUGUAUUUUGGACAUUUCCCUUUUGCACAUAAAACAUUAAUUAAACCUU